GUGUGGUCGUUUACAUAUAUACGUACUAUAUUUGUGUAUGUAAACAAAUUGAGUUGCUUGAAAAGGCGGCAAUCGCGUUCGCCGAGGCCAAACAAAUCAUUUAUAAGAAACCCAACAUAAACUUUGUCGCUGAUUUACAAUUUGUGGGAAAGCAGCAGCGGCAGUAAAAUGUAUUUUCUUUUGGGGCAAAGACGUGUGCUCAAUAUUUACAGUAGUUCGACGUUGGGACUAGAAUGAUGAGUUCACGUGCCGGCGAAUCAUUAUAAGGUUACCUGUUGAGUUCAGCAGCUCGAAAGGAACACAUUCAAAAUUCGAAUUGGAUGCCCAGGCAGGAUUCACGCACAGUGUUGACAUUUUAAUUAAGAUAGAAACCAAUGAAUUGUUGUCGCAUACUCGAAAUUAAUGAGAGCAACAACAAUGGACUGAUGCGAACAGUUGUUGCCGAUGUCUGCCAAGAAAACAAAACGAAAACGACAAGAAAAGAAAAGAAAGAAGCCGCAGCAUGCAACAGCAUCAACAGCAGCAACAUCAACAGCCCAACAGCAACAUCAGCAUUUACGGCAACGGCAACAAAUUAUUUGCUAAAAUUGAGCAAUUUGUUAGUGCUGCGUUACGUAUACAUAGGUAGCAUUAAAAAUAAAGUACGAGCGAUCAGCCCAGCCAAAUGAAACGCACAUUGUGCUGUGCUCCGCCCAGAUUACAGCUAAUAGCUACCGAAAGUUGAAAAGAUGAACAAACGCGGCGUCAUCAUUGUGUGCAUCAUUGCCACGCUGCUGUGCAUUGUGCUCGGCGCCAACUUCUACUUCAUGUACUACCUGAACGCCGAGGAGGGUCAGCUGUCCAGUGUGCGGGCGCUGGAGAACAUGAUUCGCCAUAAGAUACGACACCUGAAGCCGGCCUAUUUAAAUCGCAAUCCGCGCUUUUUUAUGUUUCGCAACAAGCUACUGAAGAACUAUAAACUGGCAACAUAUGAAAACGCUAGCGUGCUCUGGGAAAUAGCCAAUUGGUGGCCGCAUGAGAACGAGAUUUAUCCGAUGCAUGACUCCUCAAUGGGUCAGUUGCUGAAAACGCUAAGAGACGAGCCUAUCACAAGGGUGAACAAUCUACCACGUGGCACACAGUUGAAGCUUCUAAUGCGCCUUAGUCAGCAACAGAAGAUUAUCUUCAAGCCUCAGUGGUAUCAACGUGACUUUGUUGUGGAGGGUGUGGUUUACAGCGGUAAGGAUCGACAUGCUGCCGAAGUAUAUGCCUUUUACCUGGGAGCUGUACUUGAUCUGCGAUGGACACCUAUUGUGGUGGGACGAGUGGUCAAUUUGAGGGAUGAGAUAUAUGCCAACGGGGAGCAAGAGCUUAAGAAUACCAUCAAAAUCGAAGUAGACGAGGAGGGCAAGGAAACGUAUUGCUUGUAUGGUAAAUGCCACUAUUGCAACGAGGAGGAGACUGUCUGCGGCGAUGACCAGCACAAUAUCGAGGGUGUAAUGAUCUUAAUAAUACCUGGGACAUUGGCGAAACGACGCUCGCCCUGGCAACGCACCUACAAGGAUGAAAAGAGAGCACCCUGGGAGGACGACAUGACCUACUGCAAAGCGCUCAAAAACAAAAUGGAAACAAUGCGCCUACUGGACCUUAUAGAUGUGGCCAUUUUUGAUUAUCUUAUACAAAAUGGAGAUCGUCAUCAUUAUGAAACACGAGAGGAGCGUGUAGUGCUAAUCGACAAUGGCAAAGCAUUUGGCAACCCCAACAAAGACCAUCUGGAUAUUCUCGCACCGCUUUAUCAGUGCUGUCUCAUACGAAAAUCGACUUGGGACCGCCUUCAAGUUUUUUCCGGCGGCGUGUUGACUGAAAUAGUGGAUCGCCUGUCCAAACAGGAUGCUCUCUAUCCGCUCAUUACGGACAAACACAAACGUGGCGUUGAACGACGAUUGCUUGUAGUCUUUGCCGUGGUGGAAUAUUGCAUGGACAAGGAGGGUGAUAAGAUGUUUAAAACGCUUUAGCUUAGUUUAAGUUAUUAUUGUUAUUAGUUUUAGUAAGGAGCUUGCUUGUAUCAAGAAUCGAAGGAUUCGUUAGCUAAUGGAGUAUCUAAUUAGAUUAAAGCAUUGACCAAUUAUUUUUAGAGAUAUUAUUAGAUCGUGUUUAAUGAGUUUGCUAUUACAAAAUUUCGAUAAUUGCAUUAUCCAUUGAGCUAUACGGUUUCAUUUUAUAGCACAAUCUUUAGCAACUAUUAGUUUUAUUAGUUUGGUUUGUAUUUGAUAAUAAGGAUAAAGAAUGAAUGAAAACAAAA